UCUCUAUCCUGGGCUCUCUAUAGCCGUGCUUCUUGGGUUGUCUCAUCACACUGGUUUCUCUCAACUCCCCAACUGAGUGACCUCAAAAAACCAAAGCCAAACAUCGUUCUUGGGCAGUCAAAACGCUAUCAUUGACCAAAGGCUUCUUGGGUGUGUUAAAGUUUCGGCCUUUGUUUGUUUUCGAUUGUGUUUGGGAUUUCAGUUCAAUUGUCCGAGGGUCCGGAAAUGGAGCCCGAUAAAAGCGGCGUGAAUGGGGGAGUGCCCGGGUCGGGUUUGCGGGCGGAGAUCGACACGUCGGCGCCGUUUGAAUCGGUGAAGGAGGCGGUGAGUCGAUUCGGUGGAGUCGGGUACUGGAAACCCUCAAAUGCUAAUAACAAGUAUUGGGAGCCUGAGCAUGACAUGGAAGAGGUCGACACUGAAAAACUGGAGGAGCAGGCUUUACAGUUGGAGAAAGAUCUCACUUUGAAAGAAAGGGAAACUCUUGAUGUUCUAAUAGAACUGGAACAAACCAAAAAGAUUAUUGAUGAAUUGAAGAAAAGGCUACAGAAAGAAGUAUCUGAAGUGGACCUCGAGACGGAUGUAGGUAAGGACUACAUGACUCCUGUGGUAAAUGAAGCAGAUAAGGAAAACCAUGGGAACAAUGGCAGCCAUUGCAAUGCACGGGAAGGUGUGAGCUCUUGUCCUUCUUCAGCACCAGGUUUAAUCUUAAUGGAAUUGAAACAAGCUAAGGUGAACCUUACCAGGACUACUAGUGAUCUUGCUGACAUUCGGGCUUCCGUUGAAACAUUCAACAAGAAAUUAGAGAAGGAAAGAGUCGCACUUGAGAAGACCCGUGUGAGGUUAACUUCAAAUUCUUUAAAAAUGUUGUCUCUUGAAGAAGAGCUCAACCAGACGAAACAAAAACUACAGUUGGCAAAGGAUGCUGAAUCUAAAGGUGCCCCUGAUAAGUCUUUAGAUAUUUCAAAGGAGCUUCGACGACUGAGUUCUGAGACGGAGCAGUUCAAAAAAAUGGCAGAAGCUGCCAAGUUAGAGGUUUCGAGAGCAACUUCCGAGAUUGAGCAGACGAGAGGUAAGAUAAAGACAGCUGAAAUCAGGUUGGUUGCCGCAAGAAAGAUGAAAGCAGCAGCUAGAGCUGCAGAAGCUUUUGCUCUUGCAGAAAUUAAGGCUCUAUCAAACCAGGAGAAUUCAUCUGGAGAUGCAUUGCAGAAACCUGAAGGAGUAACUCUUUCAUUUGAAGAAUACUCAACCCUAACCCGCAAGGUUCGAGAUGCAGAAGAGCUUUCUAAGAAGAGAGUAAGAGAUGCCAUGAAGCAUGUUGAUGAUGCAAAUGUAUCGAAAACAGAAAUCUUGAAGAAAGUAGAGGAAGCAACCGAGGAAGUCAAAACCAGUAAAAAGGCAUUGGAAGAAGCACUGAACAGAGUGGAGGCUGCAAAUAGGGGCAAGCUGGCAGUGGAAGAAGCUCUUCGCAAAUGGAGAUCCCAGCAUGGUCAAAAAAGACGUUCUUCGGUACACAACUCUACCAAGUUCAAGAAUCCUUGCCCAUCAAAUCAUGCCAGAGAGUUGGAAUUGCGUGACGUAAAUGGUCUGAAUCUAGUUGGUGAUGAAUCAAUGCCGGUUCUGAGGCCAACCUUAUCAAUCGGACAAAUCCUAAGCAGGAAGUUGCUUAUGCCUGAAGAGGAUGAAAUGGAACUGACCGAAAAGACACCUAUAAAACAAAAGGUGUCACUGGGUCAGAUGCUCAGCAAGCAAAACGGUGAUCAACCCUCUUCUAAGAAGUUUGAGAAGGAAAGUGGUCUCAAGAAUUUUUCUGCUAAAAGAAAGAAGUCCGGAUUUGCUCGGUUCUCACUUCUUUUGACAAAGCAAAGCAGGAAGAAGAAGAAGCCAACUCCAGACUUGAAGUAAUUUAUCGUCCAGUCAAUCAGCUGAUCUCAAUCAAGCACUGACAUUUAGUUAUGUAUGCGUAUGCUUGUGUUCCCUCCCCUCUGUCUCCGAUUCUCCUUUCUUUAGAACCUGUUUUUACUUAGGUUGAAAUUGUUUCUCAGACUCAGGUAUCUGUCAAGAAUUUCUGUGUUGUUUGUGAAAAUGUUUCUAUCCUUGUUCGUUCCA